AUGAAGACUAGCGUUCUUGAGACACGCUGUUUGGUGAGGUUUGGGACAGGGGAAUGUGUGAACAGCUGUUAGUGCCAUAAUGACUGUCUGAGGGAGGUGGCAGGGUCACAGACCUCCCUCCUCCUACCCUCCACCUGUCCUCCUUCCCUCACCCUUUCACCUCUCCAACUCAUGAGUGCCUGCCUGCGUGCCUUCCCUCACAACACCACUAGGCCAGCCAGCCGCUUGUGUCCCUUUUCCCUAGAUAGUGCACACAUUUUGACCAGACCCCAUAGGGACCACUAUAUAUAGGGACUAGGGUGUCAUAGCCAGAGGUUCAACCUGUUCUCCUUGCCAUAGUCCACCUUCUCCAGCCAGACCUGUCCUGAGGAGCCUGUGGACAUUAUUAUGAGACUUUUCAGGCCACUGCAUGCCACAGAAACCUGCCCCUCUUAUAUGUGUCAACGGAACACUUGCUGUCUCUUUCAUGAGGGCGGCUGAGUGAUAGCCCAGUACUCAUCGUGGACACAUACAGGCGUUUACAUGGUUAGCAGCACCCUACAAGGUGGACACCUGCUCCUGUCGUGGCCUGUGCCCAUCAAAACAACUGCCUCCUACUACUUCUAUUCCAUAUACCCCCUCCUGAUAUUGGGAUCUACUCCUUGCUUUAUUUUGAGUAGCUGAUAAUUUAAUGUCCACUGCUCUUCCAGCUACCUCCCAUCCCCUUCACGUCUUAGUUACUUCUUACUGCCCCCCUUUCCCAUCUUACCUCAUCUCACUACCUGAUUUAUCAAGGCAAUAGGCACCAGAGCCAGAUACUGUAUUCAGCAUAUAUUGCUCUGAUAGGCAGGCACUACACUGUGCUUGGAAAAUGAUAUCCAUGCGACCUAGAUAGCAAACAUAUAAUGUUAUGAGUUCUCACCCACAGUACUUGGACAGGCUUCUCAUCUUACAUUCCUAGGAGUUCUGACACACUUUCCACCCAGGAAAGAUUAAUUUUAUCGCAACUUAACUGUGGCAAUGAUAAAUGGGUCAAGCAAGAUAGGAUUGACAACAAACCUGACCCGCUUCCUGCUAGUGGACACAAUGAAGCAUUCUCAGAACACGUGGGACUCACUGAACCGUUCCGUCAUCAUCAGUUCAGAUGGUCCUGUGACCUGGCUCAGGAUGUAUGUGAUGUGUAACUGUGUGUGUGUUCCUUAUCACUCAGAGACAAACAUAGAUAUGAGCAAGCAGAAGUAAAUGGCUAAAGAGAGCCUGUGAUUCAGUGUCUGGGUGUGGCCUGUCCAGUGCCCACACUGUCCCCCUAGGUGCACUCCUGUCAGAGCUGUAAAUGAGCCUGCCCUGCCAGUGAGCCAAGCCUAUGAUUGAAUAGGAUGUCAGUGGUUGCAUGCGGACAUAGGGGUGAUGUGCAGGUUAGAUAAAAGCCAGUGGGUGACAGGUGUCAGUGUACGGGGGGGCUGCUAUGUUGUAGUCCAGUUUUUACUGGGCGUCGGUUGGGGAAGCCCGCCCCCCUCGGGCCAGGUGAUUGGCCAGCGGUGUUGGUUGCCCGGUUGCGUCAGGCAGCCCUGUAUUUGAGCAGGGUUCUGGAUUGUUUACUGCAGCACUUUUCAGCAGAGAGUCCCGAGCCCAACACGACGCAGUCAGCCAGUCAGCUGAGGACAGAGCUUUCCACAAUAUGUACCCAGGCAGUCAGGAUUUGCUAUUCGACCUGCUCAUACAGACUUUAUCGGCAAUAAGCGCUCAGUCUGGAUAACCAAAGAACCGACAAAAAAAAAACGUCAGACUUGACAAACAAAACGACACGACUAACCAAGCUGAACCGACAACUGGUGAAAAUGGCGUGUGAUAUUCUGCUGCACAGGUGAAGUCAUGGGGGGGUUGGGAAGGCUGAGAGGGGGAUUGUAGCAGUGUUUGGACAUGUUCCGUUUUUGAGAUGUAUUCAGUCUGUGGGGAUGCAGGGCUAUUUGUGGCGUAUUAUGUUUUAUGAUGACCUAAUGCAGCCCCAUGGUAUCUCUGAUGGGUCAUGCCCGGUUAACCUUUACGGAUGAACUUGUUAAGGGUUCGUAUUACAUCGCGGGGGGGGGGGGGGUCUAAGAUUGGAUGACUAAUUCUACAACUCUCACGGGAGGAUGCAGCUCUGCGUAACUGACACGUUUUAGUUUUAAUACACAGAGAUAGUGUAUCAAGGGGAAAAGAGGUGUUUACGAGCUGAAGAGUGAUGCCCAGUAGAGAGUGUGUGGGCUUUUCUUGAAGUACCUGCUGAAACUGUGAUGUAUGGCAAGCACACUGCGGCACUACUCUCCCAGACCCAGUACAUAACCUACAGAUGCAGUGCUGAGCAGAGCAACUCUGCUGAAUCACAACUACCUGGCUGCCUCUUCUACUGCUGCGACUCAGCCACUCCUACUAAUAACAGGACUGUGUGUGUGUGUUUACAGUAUGUGUUCAUAUGAGAGCUGACAAUAAGCAGACUAUGGGGUGAAGCUAAAUUGCAGAGUUGGAGGAAGCUCAUUGUUUCCUGGAGCUUUGCCUCUUGUGAUCUUUUAAUUUGGCAGCAGAUCACACACUGAUCUCUCAUUAGAACAGCAAUAUACAUCAGAAGGUCCUCAGUUAGCUACCUUACUGCACUCCUAUCGGUGUUACCUGUCAUAGGCUAUGGUAUCUUAGGAUGUCUCUUCAUCCGGCACUGUUAAGUAACCUUAUUAGUGGAAGGAAAUACGGACUGUUAAGUUACCGCCUUAGUCAGUGUACCAGAAGUCCACAAUAGGCAUCAGCAGUUCCCUUAAGGUUAAUCUUACUGCAAUUCUAUUCCUAUCUGUCAUACCCAUGGUUCUCUAUGACGUGACUAGUCCAGACGCUGUUAAGCUACCUCUAUUUUGGAAGAAAAACACUGGUCUGACCUACCACUAGAGCCCUUUGCCCUGAGGUCAGGUCAGCAUAUUACAAAGAGCUAUGUGGCAGAUUAUAUGGCAGUCCUCCUUCUUAUCCAAAUGACUUUGGCAAAGUUGGUACGGUUAUUCCAACUCAUUAGGUUAGCCGAUUGCGUGAGGCACUCCAGGGCUUUUUAAAGCUGGUAAAGCUUUUUUGUCUCUGACUCCAAAAACCUUGGCUGGUGUUCCGUCUAGUCACACAAACUGAUUUCUACACAGCCUGGGAAUCAGGCCUGAUCUGAGUGAGUCUGAUCUGAUUCAGAACAAGUAAUAGAAUAAUCCAGAGUGUUUGAGAGGGAGAUAUGCAGUAAUAGAUAUCUCUGUGCCUAUGCUCUCUGGCCUGUGUGUGGCCACGUCCAACAGUGCUCUCUCAUUGUUUCCAAGGCAGAGCGAGAAGGUUCGACUUACAGAACAUUGCUGACUCUAAAAGGACUACUACCUUGGAGUCGGUAAGAUGGAAUGGUGUUGGUUAUGUAAUCUAAAAUUGUUAGACCAAUACUCAACUCUCUCUUUCUCUGUUGAUCCAUACUGGCAAUUGUCCAAAAGCCCAAAAGCUGGCAGUUAAACAUGCAGCUAGGCUCUGUGAGAAGAGUCACGUAAAAGUUCCAGCACACCUCCACAUUGAGCCACAUACGUGACUCUUAUCACAGGGCCUAGCUGUAUGUAACUUAACUGUCAGAACAGGAGGUGUGGUGGUGGGUGACUGGGCAUCUGGCCUGUGUGUUGUCUGACAGCCUGAGGCUUCAGUGUUUAAUGCCUCUUACUGCACUGCUCUGUCUCACUGUACGACUCUGUACAGCUCUUCAAGGACACGAUGUCAGUCAGUGCGGAAUCCGGGCGCUGCCUUUUUCUCAGUAAACAAGAAGAGGAGGGAGGAGAGGGUGUGAGGGGGGGCUGUGUUAAUAAUUAAGGUGCUAUUGAUGUGAUUUGAGCGGCUGGGCAGAUGCAGAGACUGAGGUGUGAGCCAAAGCGAUAUAUCUUUAACACUAGAGAGAGAGCACUGUGAAUCCUAUUGGCAUAUGUAGGUCCUGUUGGGGCUUGGCUGUGAAAAGCGAUACUGGAGACCCCACACUCUUAACAUUCUGUGGCGGGUCUGAGUCUGAGAAUCCCUACUGUCAGUGGUUUGAAAGCUGUAGCCUAACUAAGGGCCCAGUAGGAUAGGAUAAGAUAGGGCAGGCUAGACUGUCUCUAGGCAGCAGCCAUCUCCCAGGUUUAGCUGGUCAAUAGAUAGAACCAUCCUAACUAUACACUGGUGGGAUGGAACUGUUGACAGGUACUGGAAAGGAAUAGGCCAACACCAUUCUACAGUUGAACUUUGUGCCUGUUUGUGCGUGUUUGUUUCUGUUGCUUGCGUGAGGAGGUGACCCACCUUGUCAAUAUCAACCUUUAGAACUCCAGUUUUUCCCCCUGAGGUGCCCCGUUAGUUGCCCCCCAAAGGGGACCGCUAAAUCCGACACGGGCGUUAACAGCGACGGUAUAACCAGCAGGGCCAGUGCGUUAUGCAAGCAAAGAUUCCUGGCAUGCCACACUUUGUUUAUGAGGCGGGCGGGCGCAGACUGCUGAAUCAACCGGCCCCUUCUUCCUGUCACAAGCAACAGUGCUGCCUGAUGAGAGGCAGGUGGUGUCCUGUUUUGACAUUCUCCCACAUCAGUGGAAUGGCCCCUGUUUUUGUGUGGCGGGUACAGGAAGGGGACAUUAUGUACAGCAGGGUUCUUCAAUUCCGGUCCUGGAGGGCCGAAACACCUCUGUUUUUCAUCCUCUCCUUCUAAUCAGGGGCUAAUUCAGACCUGGGACACCAGGUGAGUGCAAUUAACUACCAGGUAGAAAUAAAAAAACAGAAGUGUUUCGGCCCUCCAGGACCAAAAUUUGAAGAACCCUGAUGUACAGUAAAUGGGCCUCUGCCUACCCGUCCGCCCAUCCUGAGUGCCCGCCCACUGCACACCCUUGGCGGCGACUGGGAGUAGCUAUUGAGAGGCGUGAAUUGAAUGCCAUAAGGAAAGGACAUGCGUGUGUGCGUGCUCUCAUGCAGUGCUCUCCAGAGGUGUGAUAACUCCCUCGAUACCCGGCCCUCUGGAUGUACUUUCCCUCCCUAGGUAGAGCUGUUGCAUAAUGGGCCCAGAUUAGGACCCAGCUGAACUGAGGCUAUGACCUGUUGGGUCACUCCACUGCUCCCAGAGUUUUCCAAUGGAAUACACUCGCACUCACGGCUCAGAGAAGGGAAGGUCAUGGUUUAACAGGGAGGACGAAGGCGAGGAGGUGGUACAUGAUGUCUAAUGUUGCUUUCCGUUUUCCUCUCUUUCAGUUCACACAUCUCCCCUAUCAGCAUUCUUCCAGGAUCCGCAGUGUAAGUACUUCUAAAUCACCACGUACCCCUUUUUAACAGCAGGCGCUUCAACCCUAUAGACAUCUGAACGAAAACUUGCAUUGCAAAUUGGCCCAUUGGGGUGUAUCAUUCAGUGCAGUUGUUUUGCUUUUAGCUACAAUGUCCCCCAAAAAAUACAAUUUCAGCUAUACCAUAAUGCAUUAAAUCAAGUGUGAAAUCAAAGGAUCCCCAAAAGUGUAAACAGCUUUCUGGUUAGACUAGGUUCUUCAAAGACAUAGCUAAAAGCUGAGCGCUAAGCCACUGAGGAGGAGUUGGAGGGAAAGGGAGUGGGAUACGGAAGGGGAGAAACAAGCCAUGUAACCCAUCACCAAACUAUUUGCGUCGCAAAACAUUUAGACUUGAGCACAUCCAUCACAUGACAUUCCUUCCCUGGUUCCUCUGUGGGUUUAGAGAAGGGGCGAGUCAUGCUGUUGGCUGGUCGUUACUGUACUGUAGCCUCAGGAGGCUUGCGCAAUGUGCAUCAGCUGGUGGCUAGCUCCAGGAGUAGUAGCCUAAUGCUUUAGCUGGUGGCUAACUUCAGGGCUAGUAAUGCAUUAGCUAUAACUGGUGGCUAGCUCCAGGCAUAGUAAACCUUAUGCAUUGGCUAUAGCUGGUGGCUAGCUUCAGGGCUAGUAAUGCAUUCGCUAGGCUAUAGCUUCCAGCUAGAUUUUCUAGCGGACCUACAGUUGUAUAGCCCUGGAUGUGGACUUAUGAUUAAGCCUGCUGUGUCUCGGCUCUAGGCUAUUCACUGUUGUGAUGGCUUUAUACAUAGUGAUGAAAACUAGAGCUGGGCACAGCGGGAGCUCAUGGUGUUUCGGGAGGAGGGGGAGAAGGGUGGUACACCCCUGGGAAGCUUAACCAAUGAGAUACAUGCAUAUCUAAAGGCUCAAAUGUACCACACAAUGGUGAUCAGGACUCUACACAGACUACACAUUUACAUUUACGUCAUUUAGCAGACGCUCUUAUCCAGAGCGACUUACAUUAUUUUUACACACUCCUGUGUUUGUCCACUAAAGCUAAGUCUUUAUCCCAGUAUUACUUCAGAAGCGAAAGAAUACAGUAGAGUUCAGUACAGCUAAAUGAGCAGGGAGUUUUGGUGCUUGGUUCAGAUAGUGCUGGAUUAUGUAUCUCAAGUCUCUAGAGCACAAGACUGUUCCCUUUUUUAGUCAGAGUUCCCUGGUUGACCUUAUUAAACCUGCCAGAGAGCAGGAAAUGGGUCGCCGAGCGGUUGAACUCUGCUGCUCAUGUUCCUUAUUAGAUGGAUUCAGAGGGUUCUUACUUUGGCAACAGGAGUUAAUUCUUUGUGCUUGUGUUGUUUCCACAGCAUUAUAGAGAGGACCAUCCGCGCCGCGGUGGAACAGCACUUCUUUGACCUCAAGAGCUCCAUCGACCAGAAGAUCAGCAGCUAUGAGAGCCAAGGGUGAGCAGUGAACACACACACUUGUACUCAAUCUCACAUUACACACACAUAAUGCCCAUACAUGAUGCAAAUAUUUACACACAGAACGACAUGUAUCCAUGUUCAUACGAACAUACUCACUUAGCCACACGCUCUAACAUGCAUUCCCUUGUCACCCAUACUGUUGCCUAACGCUGGGUGGCAGGCAGCUCCAGAAAGGUCAUGUUACCGCAGUUGACAGCGAGCAAUGCCGAUAGUUGGUUAGUUAAUUAUGUCUAUUGACUUGUUUGGUUCCCACAGCGCGGGCCCCAGUGAGAAGCAGGUGACGGGACCAGGGCCAUGUGAUGGCCAUGGAGAGGAGGGCCCGUGUGCGAGUGAGGAGGGCUCCGCAAGCAGUCCCCUGUCAGCCCCAGAGACAGAGAGGCACUCCGAACACAGCCCGGAGGCCCAACAGGUCAGUUAUACAGUCGGUCACUCCAGGUCACUGGAGAGACACACACACACACACACACACACACACACACACACACACACACACACCCCAGACAAACAACUCCACAAGCUCUGGCCGUAAUCAGAAUAUUGAACAUUUACCAUACCGAGCCUUGUCGUUGAAUAGCGGCUAUCACUUCAUUACAAGGUUGAUGCUUGUUGCUACUGUAUCAGCAGAGCCUUUUGUGUGACUCAUAACAAAGAUGUCAUUCUCCUGGGAGGGCCGAGGUGGUGGGGGACAAGGGAAGGCUUGUCAUAUACAGACGGUCUUCUGUUCUCCCCGAGCACAGCCAGUCCUGCAUGAUAACAUCAUCAUACACUCUAGAUAACUGCCAAUUCCAUAGACUUUAGAUGUCCUACACAGAAUUUGAUUUAGCCUAUAUAGCAUAAAAUGACAUGUCAUGGAUUGGGUGGGGGGGGAGACAAAGACAUCUGAAGAAAUCUUUGGAGGUGACAUGGCAGGCAUCGGUCCAUCAGUCUUCCUGUGAACCAUUUUAGCUCUCCUGGCUAGUGGCCUUGGAUAGAGGCUGUUUCCGCUAACAUCUGCCCAACCUCUCCUCCUGUCCUUCACCGCCACAGAGCUGGCUGGGCUCCACAGCCCCUUAGCCCGGAGGUGGGACCCUCCAUGAAUUGGGUCACCCUCUUUUAAAUAGUCUGCUUGCCCCCAAAGAAUGACAGCAACACCUGUUCAGACCUCAAACACCCUCCCCUCUCAUACACACUGUAAGCAGUUCAACCAUCUCCACCUGCUUCAUAAAAAUGGAGGCCACCCUCCAGGAAUUCAAGCUAGCGUCUCGUCAAUAUAACUUCAAAAAAACUUUUGCUGUUGAUGCAGCCUCCAUUUGAUAGUCUACAUGUUGGGCUGUGCUUUAGGGGACUACUUUAAUGUAGGUUUUUUUGCUUGGCAAGUGGAUGCUCUUCAAUGUGUCGUUUGUGAUCAAGAAAUUAGGUAAAUCUAAUACUUGAGACGUUUUUUCUGUGUGUUUUCUCCUAGGAGGUCCAGGAUUGUGACUCCCAAGGCGCCACCCUAGAGGAGAGUUCUGGAAUGGACCUGCAUGCCGCAGAGGCUCUCGUAGAUGCAGAGAACAAUAUCAACACUGCCAGGUUGGUUUAAAGCAUUUAACAGUAUUGCUACACAGCACAAUUACCUCAACGGCUUAAACACCAGGCUUUGCCGUCUAGUUUAUUUCCUGCCUGCCCAGAGAAGGCUGAUGGCUGGCAUUCAAUGAAACAAGCUAAUCAUACUGUUGUAUGCUAAUCGGUACUUGGAGGCUUUUAUGUUGCUGUUUUCUUAAAUGUAUUACGUACAACACAAACAGCCAUAGCAUGGCUUUGAAAAGACCGGCCGGACAAAGUUCGACUUUGCUGUGAUGUGUCAUUUUCAGUGACUGGGUUGGAGGCGUUCUUCUGUUGAUGAGACUGUCUUGUGCUGCUGAGUGGUGGACACUUGACACGUUGUCUACUCUAAUCAGUUGGAUAGGGUUUUGUUCUCCCUCAGCUCAUCUUUGGGGUCAACAUGAAGCAAGCAUACACGGAUAAAAGCCUGUCAGUAGUCGUCAGUCAGUCAGCUGAUCAAUGGUCACUAUAAUGCAUUGUGCAUAAUGCAUUGUGUUCAAUAGCCAGAGCAAAAACACGUUUCAAACCGGCCAUUACUCAUGUCUCUCCCUCUCUCUCUUGUUGCAGGCAAGAAAGCCAAGCCUGUGAGAAGAUGGACCAGGCCGAUCUCAUCACCUGUGUAAGUGUCUCUUGACAACCCCUUCCUCUCUUCUUCAUAUGACUGUGUAUUGAACACUGUCUAACCCUCUAUCUCUCUCACACACUCUCUCUCUCUCCAUCCAGGACUCUGAUGAAUGUGACCAGAACCCCAACACCGAGGCCAGGGGGUACCCCUACCACCCUGCCAGCUCCCACAGCUCGCACCACGUCCACCUCAGCCGCAUCUUCCCACACAGCCAGUGGGAAGGUAACUUUCUCACCGUGGUUGUUUUGUGCUUUAUAGACGAUGUUCCACAGGGGAUAGUGAGAGUGAAGUUAGUUGAAACUAAACUAAAUGCAUUUUCAAGUAAACCUGGAUGCAAAUUAUUUGAAUGAUGGGUUGUGCUAGCUAGGUAUGAAAGUGCCUUAGAAAGUAGCUUAAGCUCAAGCUGGUUGCCGCAAACCUCAGCUCACGGCAGUGUUCUCUGCUAUAUCUCUCCCGCUCUCCCUCCCUCCCUGCUGCAUUAGCACCAUCCCUAAACCAUCUCCCCCUUCACAUGUAUGCACCUGCAAGGGAGAGGCCAUGGUAAGGAGAUCUUCAUCCAUCCUCCCUCCCUCCAGGCCUUCAGUGAGACUAAUCCAGAUAUCUUUCUCCUUCCCCCUCUCUCUCUUUCUCUCUCUCUCCCUCCCUCUCUCCUGGGUGACCCACUUAGGGCUAGCUGACCCUUUUGUUGUUAAUCACACAGUGAGUCAGUCAAGUUCAUCACACCUCACCAGUAUCUUAGAGCUCCAGAGAGGAAGGCCCCAAGCCCCAUAGAGGAAACCUUCUCCUGCCCCACACCUGCUCCAGUGUUGACCCUUCACUGCCAUGUGUGUCAGUGCACCACUACUGCGUGCUGAAAAUCCCUAAACACCACCCUCAGUAAUUCAAUUUAUGUGCAAUUUAUAAGUGCCAUUUGAUGCACCAGACCACAAGUGUUUUGCUGCUGCCUUCCAACUCUCCGUCCUCCUCUCUCCUGUCACUAGAUGUGUACAGAAUGACGGUGUUCUUUCCCUGGCCCUGGCCCGGGACAUUAUCUGUAUAUCUGUGUGUUUGUCAUGUCUCUUCAGAUCCUGGAACUACAUUGUUGUCAAUGGUAACAUUAUUCUCCAAUGACUCGUGUUAUAAUCCGAGACUCACCUGUGUUUAUCUUUCUGUCCUGGCUAGACCCAGUGCCAGCCUACAAGUCUUGGCAGGACGAGAGUGACUCUGGCGAGGCCCAGCUGUCCCCCCUGGCUGGGCGCAUGGUGCCGUUGCCCCACGAGGAGGACGCCCACCCCCUCAUGGCCCGCCGCUUCCUGGACUUCGGCCACAGCCAACGGUUCCUGCAGCACUCUGAUCCCGACUCAACCUCUCCCACCAAAGCCCACCACUCCCUGGGGAGGUGAGACCACACACACACACACACUGAGGCACACGCACACUCACACACACGCACGCACACUAACAAAUUAGGAAUGGUAAUAUGUACAGACAUGAUAGGCAGCUUUGAUGUUUUCCUGUUUAGUUAUUCUAGCUGAUGAACAGAUUGCCAAUGGCUCAUUAUGAUUCUUCGUUAUGAUUCCUGUAUAAGCAGUGUUUCAAGGAGGAUAUGUGCUUUACACACUGUGUGUAGAGCAUAGAUGGGCUUUUGCAUUGAGACUGCAGGUGCAGGUCAACCUCCUCUCUCUCACCUGCCUCCAUUGUUGUGGUCCCCCUCAUCUAGGCCUCGCCGUGCCUCCUUCAGUUCCAAAGAGAGCAGUUUAAGGAACGACUCGGUCUCCCACCAGCUCACCAAAAAACUACAGAGCCUCAAGAAGAAGAUCAAACAAUUUGAGGAACAGUUUGAGAACGAGAGGAACUACAAGGUAAGAUGGAUACUGCAACAUGAGGAACGAGUUAGUGUUAAGAAUAAAUGAAUAUAAUCAGCUGUUAGUUUCAAAUAGUUCACCAUUAGACUCGGAUACUUCUAUUCACUGUCCUCCACUUCUCUCCCCAAGCCGUCUCAUGGAGAUAGAGCAGCUAACCCAAAGGUCCUCAAGUGGAUGACAGACCUCACCAAACUCCGCAAACAGUUAAAAGGUAAGCGCAGUCUCUGUGUCUGUAUGGUGGUGUUAGGGGGAGUGGGAGGGUGCUUGGUUCCAUGACAGGGCUGGGAUGGGGUGGGCUCAGCUGGGCGGGUGAACUUCUGUGUGCCAUCCUGUUCCUCCCCUGGGCAGCCUGGUCCUGCCCUGACCCACCUGCCUGCCUGCCUGCCCAGUCGUGGCAGAGCUGGGUCAGUCUCAUCACUGCAUGCAUGCGUGUUACAGUACACACCAACUGUGGCUCUCACAUGUGGCCUUCCUUCACUGUGAUGGUCCAUUGUGAAAGUCCCCCACCCCCCCUCCACUCAUCUAUAUCCAUUCCAUAUGAACGCCCCCCCCCCCCCCCCCCCCCCCCAAUCAGGAGAUGCAAAGCCGAAUAAGUUUCUCUCUCUUCUUUAAAAUAAAAAAAACGGACGUCCCCCAUCGGCAGGAAGACCGCAUCUCUUUCCCAAAGGGUCCCUGAGGCACCAGGCGGUGCUUCAGUCAUACAGACGCCACCACCCCUCCUCCUCCGCCCCGAACACAUCCCAUUAUACACUUGCACGCCCCCUCACUGCCUCUAGACAGGCACCCUACCUAUGUAAGUACACUCUAACAGCAGUAAGUAGAAACCAAAAACACUUCCAACUUGUUAAGUUUGAACUGAAGGUAGACUCUCUUCCUCUCUCUCACGCUUGCUCUUUUUCUCUACCUCUCUCUCUUACUCUUGCGCUCUCUCUGUCUGUCUGUUUGACGCGCUCCACUGGUCAUACAGAAGCAUAUCCCACAGUCUCAGGAGUUUGGCAGUUGUUCUCUGUAGUGUUGUCAUUUGGGUGUAAAUUCUGCGGUGAACAUCUUUGUGGGUGGGAGUCUAGCCAAAGUGUGGAAGCUGUAUUCCUUGAAUGAACAUGGUCCUUGAGAACAUGACAAAAAUACCUCUGUGCAGUCAGACUGGUUUGUUUCAUUUGCUGCUCAUCCUUCCUCUCCUGUGGUUUCAGACAGACCUGUAGUAGUGGGUAGUUUGGCAGGUUUGUGUGGUUGGUCGUCAGGGCUAUCCCCUUUCUCGGUCUCUGGCAGACAGACAGACAGACAUGAGGACUCAUGGCAGCUGCAAUAACAGCCCAUCAAGCAACUGCAUGCCCACUGUCACUAUGUCAACUAUGUGAACUAACCGCACUGUUCCUCAGUCACACUCACGUCACUUCUCUCUCUCUCUCUCUUCUCUUCUCUUCUCUCUCUCUCUCUCUCUUCCCCCCUAGAUGCCAAACACAAAGAGGCUGAGCUGACUCCUCAGACGCGGCCACGCAGCAACACCCUGCCCAAGAGCUUUGGUUCCACCCUGGACCAGGCAGGCCACGAGGUUGUUGAAGAGGCCAAGGGCCACCGGCCCACCAGAGAGGAGACCCUGGACCUCAUCCAGCGCCGCGUCAAGGGCAAGAGAGAGGAGGACGGCUGGCCAGAGGACAUCAAGGUGAGACCGGUCAAAAUACACACUGUCUUAGAGAGGCCAUAGAGAUACUUGGAAUAGAACCCUACAGCUAUCAAAUCCAAUGAGUCCUGUCCUCAGACAUACAUUUACAAGUGUAAAUCAAUAUUGUGUAAAUUGCUUAUGUUUCCUUUCUCUCCCUGUAGAAAAUGACCAAAGAGCAGCUGUCGUGUGAGAAGACGGUCUUACAGAAGAACCUACUGCACUACGAGGGACUGCACGGCCGACCUGUGACCAGAGAGCAAAGGCUGGUGGUCAAACCGCUGUACGACCGCUACCGCCUGGUCAAGCAGAUGCUCACCCGCGUCAGCAUCACCCCCAUCAUCGCUUCCCCCUCCAGCAAAAGACGCAACCAGACCCUGCAGCCCAUCAUCGAGGGUGAGACGGCCCACUUCUGUGACGAGAUCGAGGAGGAGGAGGAGGGCGAGGCGGAGGAAGAGGAGGCUAUAGCCGAGGAGGAAGGCAGCGUGGAGGUCCAGGGGUCGGAGGUGAUCAUGGCUCUAGACCCAGUGUUCCAGCCCCAGACCAGCUCCCAGAGAGACAGAGACAGCCUGCUCAGGCCCAAGAUGGAGGAGACCUCUGGGAAACUGGCCCUGGACCUGCGCCUGUCCAGCUCCAACGCCUCAUCCAUGUGAGCACACACACUCACUCACAACAGUCACUCCAUUCCACUACACUCAAUUCACAACAGCCUCCUCAAUCUUGAUACAGUAACUAGUGUAACUCUGCCAUGUAGGCUACACAAACACACAACUGAACAUCCACACAAACACGGUCAGCCGUGGAGGUUAAAUGGGCUCUGGCCGUCAUAUUACUUCUAUUUGAAGCACCUGGAACAGAGUUGAUAUCUACUACAGUCGCUGGUCUUAGGAGCUCAAGCUGGAUAAGGCAGUAAUCUGGUUAGGGGCGUAAGCGAGCACAUAGCCCCGGGCAAGCAGCAGAGAGAGCUGCCAGACCAGCUCUAAGCCCAGGUAGCAGGGCUGGUUCAGGUGCCAUGACCCUAGGUCAGGGUUCUUCAAUUCCGGUCCUGGAGGGCCGAAACACUUCUGUUUUUUAUUUCUACCUGGUAGUUAAUUGCACUCACCUGGUGUCCCAGGUCUGAAUUAGCCCCUGGUUAGAAGGAGAGAAUGAAAAACAGAGGUGUUUCGGCCCUCCAGGACCGGAAUUGAAGAGCUCUGCCCUAGGUCCUAACCUAACCUGACCUCUGUAAUCCGGUCUCGGUAUGGCCUGGCCACAGCUUGACCUGCUUCCAUGCCCACAGAGGGCCACUGCCAGGUCAUUUCCUGUCCCUAAACACACACUGACUUCCUGUUUUGAUUUGAGGCCCCUCACUUAGUGUGCUAAUGUAUACCUCCUGUAUCCCAUAGGCCCGAGCUCCUGGAGCAGCUGUGGAAGACCCGGGCAGAGAAGAAGAAGUUGAGGAAGACUAUCCGCGAGUUUGAGGACGAGUUCUACCAGCAGAACGGCAGGUAGGUACACAUACACACACACACACACACACACACACACACACAUACACACACAUACACACACACACAAAACACACUCUUACAAACAGUGGUGCUGAAGCUUUAGCACCUGCGUCAUCCCGCACCAUCAACAACAGUCUUGGUGACAGAGGAAGAGCUUGAGGAGAUUAGUUUUUUUUUAUUUCACCUUUAUUUAACCAGGUAAGCCAGUUGAGAACAAGUUCUCAUUUACAACUGCGACCUGGCCAAGAUAAAGCAAAGCAGUGCGAUUAAAAACAACAACACAGAGUUACAUAUGGGGUAAAACAAAACAUAAAGUCAAAAAUACAACAGAAAAUAUAUAUACAGUGUGUGCAAAUGUAGCAAGUUAUGGAGGUAAGGCAAUAAAUAGGCCAUAGUGCUAAAUAAUUACAAUUAGUAUUAACACUGGAAUGAUAGAUGUUCAAGAGAUGAUGUGCAAAUAGAGAUACUGGGGUGCAAAUUAGCAAAAUAAAUAACAAUAUGGGGAUGAGGUAGUUGGGUGAGCUAAUUUCAGAUGGACUGUGUACAGGUGCAGUGAUCGGUAAGGUGCUCUGACAACUGAUGCUUAAAGUUAGUGAGGGAGAUAAGUGUCUCCAGCUUCAGAGAUUUUUGCAGUUCGUUCCAGUCAUUGGCAGCAGAGAACUGGAAGGAAUGGCGGCCAAAGGAGGUGUUUGCUUUGGGGAUGACCAGUGAGAUAUACCUGCUGGAGCGCAUACUACGGGUGGGUUUUGCUAUGGUGACCAAUGAGCUAAGAUAAGGAGGGGAUUUGCCUAGCAGUGAUUUAUAGAUGGCCUGGAGCCAGUGGGUUUGGCGACGAAUAUGUAGUGAGGACCAGCCAACAAGAGUGUACAGGUCACAGUGGUGGGUGGUAUAUGGGGCUUUGGUGACAAAACGGAUGGCACUGUGAUAGACUACAUUCAAUUUGCUGAGUAGAGUGUUGGAGGCUAUUUUGUAAAUGACAUCGCCGAAGUCAAGGAUCGGUAGGAUAGUCAGUUUUACGAGGGCAUGUUUGGCAGCAUGAGUGAAGGAGGCUUUGUUGUGAAAUAGGAAGCCGAUUCUAGAUUUAACUUUGGAUUGGAUAUGCUUAAUGUGAGUCUGGAAGGAGAGUUUACAGUCUAACCAGACACCUAGGUAUUUGUAGUUGUCCACAUACUCUAGGUCAGACCCGUCGAGAGUAGUGAUUUUAGGCGUGUGCCAGCAGCGUUCGAUUGAAGAGCAUGCAUUUAGUUUUACUUGUGUUUAAGAGCAGUUGGAGGCUACGGAAGGAGUGUUGUAUGGCAUUGAAGCUCAUUUGGAGGUUUGUUAACACAGUGUCCAAUGAAGGGCCAGAUGUAUACAAAAUGGUGUCGUCUGCGUAGAGGUGGAUCUGAGAAUCACUGGCAGCAAGAGCGACGACAUUGAUAUACACAGAGAAAAGAGUCAGCCCAAGAAUUGAACCCUGUGGCACCCCCAUAGAGACUGCCAUCGGUCCAGACAACAGGCCCUCCGAUUUGACACAUUGAACUCUAUCUGAGAAGUAGUUGGUGAACCAGGCGAGGCAGUCAUUUGAGAAACCAAGGCUAUUUAGUCUGGCAAUAAGAAUCCGGUGGUUGACAGUCGAAAGCCUUGGCCAGGUCGAUGAAGACGGCUGCACAUUAUCGAUCGCGGUUAUAAUAUUGGACCUUGAGCGUGGCUGAGGUGCACCAACGACCAGCUUGGAAACCGGAUUGCAUAGCGGAGAAGGUACGGUGGGAUUCGAAAUGGUCGGUGAUCUGUUUAUUAACUUGGCUUUCAAAAACUUUUGAAAGGCAGGGCAGGAUGGAUAUAGGUCUGUAACAGUUUGGAUCUAGAGUGUCACCCCCUUUGAAGAGGGGGAUGACCGCGGCAGCUUUCCAAUCUUUGGGGAUUUCAGACGUUACGAAAGAGAGGUUGAACAGGCUAGUAAUAGGGGUUGCGACAAUUUCGGCGGCUAAGUUUAGAAAGAAAGGGUCCAGAUUGUCUAGCCCAGAUGAUUUGUAGGGGUCCAGAUUUUGCAGCUCUUUCAGAACAUCAGCUGUCUGAAUUUGUGUGAAGGAGAAGCGGGGGGGGGGGCAUGGACAAGUUGCAGCGGAGGGUGCGGAGCUGGUGACCGGGGUAGUGGUAGCCAGGUGGAAAGCAUGGCCAGCCGUAGCAAAAUGCUUGUUGAAAUUCUCGAUUAUUGUAGAUUUAUCGGUGGUGAUAGUGUUUCCUAGCCUCAGUGCAGUGGGCAGCUGGGAGGUGCUUUUAUUCUCCAUGGACUUAACAGUGUCCCAAAACUUUUUGGAGUUAGUGCUACAGGAUGCACAUUUCUGUUUGAAAAGCUAGCCUUUACUUUCCUAACUGCUUGUGUAUAUUGGUUCCUAACUUCCCUGAAAAGUUGCAUAUCGCGGGGGCUAUUCGAUGCUAAUGCAGUACGCCACAUGAUGUUUUUGUGCUGGUCAAGGGCAGUCAAGUCUGAGGAGAACCAUGGGCUAUAUCUGUUCUUAGUUCUGAAUUUUUUGAAUGGGGCAUGCUUAUUUAAGAUUGAGAGGAAAGUACUUUUAAACAACAACCAGGCAUCCUCUACUGACGGAAUGAGAUCGAUAUCCAUCCAGGAUACCUGGGCCAGGUCAAUUAGGAAGGCCUGCUCGCUAAAGUGUUUUAAGGAGCAUUUGACAGUGAUGAGGGGUGGUCGUUUGACCGCGGACCCGUUACGGACGCAGGCAAUAAGGCAGUGAUCGCUGAGAUCCUGGUUGAAGACAGCGGAGGUGUAUUUAGAGGGUAAGUUAGUCAGGAUGAUAUCUAUAAGGGUGCCCAUGUUUACGGAUUUAGGGUUGUACCUGGUAGGUUCCUUGAUAAUUUGUGUGAGAUUGAGGGCAUCUAGUUUGGAUUGUAGGAUGGCCGGGGUGUUAAGCAUAUCCCAGUUUAGGUCACCAAGCAGUACGAACUCUGAGGAUAGAUGGGGGGCAAUCAAUUCACAUAUGGUGUCCAGGGCACAGCUGGGGGCUGAGGGGGGUCUGUAGCAAGCGGCAACAAUGAGAGACUUAUUUCUGGAAAGGUGGAAUUUUAGAAGUAGGACCUCAAACUGUUUGGGCACAGACCUGGAUAGUAUGAUAUAGCUCUGCAGGCUAUCUCUACAGUAGAUUGCAACUCCACCCCCUUUGGCAGUUCUAUCUAGACGGAAAAUGUUCUAGUUGGGGAUGGAAAUGUCUGAAUUUUUGGUGGCCUUCCUAAGCCAGGAUUCAGACACUGCUUGAAACAAAGGAGCUAUUUGAGGCAGUUUGAGAGAGACUUGGGGCUUUACAGUGAAAUUGUAUAAUAAGAACUAACUGGAACAGCAAUAGGCAAGGCAUAUUGACAUGGGAGAGAGGCAUAAAGCAAUCACAGGUGUUAAUUGAGAGCGCUAAGACAGCAACUGGUAAUGGCGAUGAAAGUUUGGGCUGAGGCUAAACAGAUAAACAGGACAGGGUACCGUGUAAAGGAACAGUCCAGUGAACAGUAAUAUGUGAGUCCGAGAGCAGUUCGAAUUGGUGCUACAGCACAGGCUAGCAGGAAGCACGGUUGUUGUUUGCGUGUGUUAGCGGGCCGGGGCUAGCAGAUGGAUCUUCGUGGUCGUCGCAACGGGAAGCCUGUUGAAACCACAGACGAUUACGUCGGCAGACCAGUCGUGACGGAUCGGCGGGGCUCCGUGUCGACUCUAGGAGGUCUUAGAGUGGUCUUAGACAGGAGCCCUGUCUGAUCCUAACUUAUUUACAGCUGCAUGUUUAUGAUUGUGCACCCUUGGGAUGCAGUAAACGGCCACAUAUCCAACUGGUGUCUCAGACCUUCUCACUCUCCCUCUACAGGAACGUCCAGAAGGAGGACAGGCUCCCAAUGAUGGACGAAUACAAAGAGUAUAAACGGAUCAAAGCCAAACUGCGUCUGCUGGAGGUGCUCAUCAGCAAGCAGGACUCCUCCAAGUCCAUCUAGAGAGAGCGACCAUCCUGCUUCCGUCCCUUCAUCCCACCUGACACAGAGGGUCACCCGCAUCACCCCAGGCCUACAUGUCACCCCUACAUGGCCCAUACCCCUCCCCAUCCCUUAUCAACCAUCCCCCUACCCGCACCCCUGAGGGAAGGCAUGGCAGCCACCAUAUCUCACUGCUGUCUCACCACCACAACCCAUCUGUUUCUACCACCCCCAGCUCAUGUACAGGUGAGGUGUCCUCACUGGGGACUCUGAGGGAGAAGUCACAUCUUCAUUCCACCAGUCAAGACUCAACACACACCUUUUUACUUCUUUCUGUGAGUUGCAUUCGGAGGAAUUCCCCCUUCCUCAUUAGUUUUGUUUUUGUUGUAGCUUUUUUUUUCAUGAACUUUUCACGUACCGUAGUUUCUCAUACUGAGAAAUCAUAUUGGAGAGGACAGGAGCUUGUGUUUUGUAGCGCAUUUUAGUCACCUGGCCACCAGUUUAGAUGUAACAAACUGAACUCUCCCUCCCUUGGAGCGAGGAGACUGGUCAUCCUAUUUCAGACAUUCAGACUUGCAUGGAUUCAGUUAACGAACUCGAUCUUCAACACUGGGAUGCUUUUAUGUCGUCUGAGUGCGAGUUUUUGGGAGAAAAAAAGUAUUUACUGUGUAUGUAUUCUUGUAAAUCAAUAUGUACACAAAUGUUUUUAUGUUACAGUAUGUUAUUUUCCUUGAAUGAAGAGUAAUUCCUUCUUGGGUUUGAAAAGAAACUUACUGUGUUAGUAUGUUAUGCUAUUCCCAAUUGUUCUAUUAUUACACAUUUGCCACUAUGGAAACUGAGUGAGUUUUAUCAGUUGGGACUGGUUGUGCUGUUCUUUUGUCUUUGUUGUUUUUAUAUUUGGAUCAUCAGUCAUCACUGAAAGGAGUUUGGCACACACCAGGUGGGCAGGACAGCCAGUUAGGUGAAUGACUUGGUGUUCCUGUACCUUAACCGUCUCCGUUUUCUGGCAAUAAAGCUAGACGGCUUGACUUCUUUGCUGUUAUUUUUUUUUUAUACGCGUUAAAGUUCAGUUGCAGAGUGGAUCUUUGUGCGAAGUGUCCUGGAUGGGGUGUUAGAUUAAAGCUAAGGUCGUUUCAACUACAUCAGUAUUAUGCUAAAUACAGCAUAUUGCAAUGUUAGGGUGUGAUUGAUGGUUUGUAGCCCUGUUAGAUGGUGUUGGACUUCAACCUACAGUCAGUGACCACCACCUUUUAGUAUGGCAGACAGACGCUCCCUAUCACUCCCAGGUGCCCAGUUAUACAACCAGGUGUGUUGACCAACACCCUACUGCACACAGCCAGUAUUUAACCCCCAGUGUUGUGUGUGUGUGUGUGCUGAUGGACAGUGGUCAGGCGGACGGACAGGCUUCUUGAGGACAGCCAUAAAUAACAUAUCACCAUUUGGCUGCCAGUCAGUCUAGAGGUCCAGUCAGCCCUGUGCCCAGGUUAAGAUGACAAACGGUCCUCAUGUCCUAAUCCCCUUUUAGUCACUGGGGAAUGUGAACACCAGCUAAAAGAGUUCUCAUGCAUCCCAUAUCCAGUGUGAGGUAAACUCGGCGUCCUCGUUUAAGGUUUCACUUAUUACGCAGGACGGUGUCUCUGACGGGAAGUUCCCAUAGCGAGUCGAGAACAGGAUCAGCUGACUUCCUGGCUUUUAACGACUUGUGCCACAACAUCUAGCUACUGUAUGUUGUUGCACCAAAAGUUCAAUGUGUCCUUGGUUAGCUAUCACUGACCCACUGCAAAUGAGCUACAUUCCUUCAAUCUAGAGUCACACAAUGUCAGGCUAUUGCUAUACAUGUUUUCUCUGGUGCUGCGGUCUCUCUCUCGCUGGGUGUUGGUGGAGUCUAUUUUUCAUUAUGGGAUAUGUCCCAUAGUGAGCCAGAGUGUUUGGCCAGGCAAUGUAGAGCCAGGUCAUUGUCAGGUCCAGGGGAGUUGUCUGACCACAGGGCUCUGAGAAGGCUUUACCACGGCCAAGCAGAACCAACAGCACCUUGACCCCUGACAUCAAUAAGUUGACCCUUGACAUAAAUUGUCUGUCUCUAGAGCCUGAAAGCUCUUCUGGGCUUCAUUAUAAAGGUCCCAUGCAACAACAACAGAGUCAAAGUGAUGCAUGUUUGGAAUGACACUGAGGUGUGUCUGGUCUGUCGGCGUCAUGCCUCCUCGGCGUGCUGUCUGCCACUCCUUAGAGGUCAUCGAUCCUAACCUUUGACCCCUAGCUAAACUAGCAGUCAGCAUCACAUCACUAUCCUUCAGAAGCUCUCUGGACUUGACAAGACCAAGCAGGAGCUUUAGAGAGGAGCAGCAACCCUUCAUAUGUUUAGUUGACUAGUUCUAGUCCUGGCAAUAAAAUACAAAAAAACAUUUGAGAUAUGUUGUAGACUAAAUGUCUAUGCACAUUAGGGUGGGGAGGGGAAUUAGUGCUGUUUGCUUGUUGUUGGGAAUGGGAAGGCACCACCAGUGGCACUAACUGUAAGGAUCUGCAUCUGCUUCAGGAGGUGGAAUAAUGGAAGACAUUGUCAGUCAGACCAACACACCCAGAAUAUAGGGAAUCUAAUUUUGCCUGAAGGAUGUUUGCGCUGAACCAAGAGUUUUGCCUUGGUCCCUCACUGGGUCAAAACCAAGUCAUGUAACCUUUGUUUGAGUUGGCAGGGUGUGGUGUAUGUAUGGGUGGACAGUGUGGGGAGGUUCUAGAAGUUAUUUGCACAGCAUUCUGAGAAUGCAGCCCUUGUUUUGUUUGUCAAUUUGUACCUUGUUUUAGAAGCACUACUUAUAUCUGAAGGAUGAAUGUCAGAAUUUGUUAAAUUAUUUCUAACACAUUUGGCCCCUCGUUUCACUUUCUGUGAUGUUCAAACUUGAUAAUGUGUUCUUUUUUUAUUACCAUUAUUUUGUAUUUUAAAAAAAUUAACCUCUCACUAAUACAUUUAUACAGUGUAGUACCUCUGUAUUGGCUAAGAAUCUGCUAUGUUUUUGUUUUGUAGAAGCUAGUCUCAGUAGUUGGCUUGCAUGGCAAAGAUUUGUAUUGUUUCUAUUUUUGUGCCAUGAAGAUGAAGCAAUAAAUUAGCAUCAAUGGAAUGUGGGGCCUUGUUAACCCAGUAUGUGUAUUUUCUGAGUAUAUGGCUGAUUAAUGUUUAAUCUAUUAAUGGGACUAACUUGGUCUGCUGUUUUCUACCUUGCAGGCCAACCCAUGAAUCUGUCACUUGACUAACUGCUGUGAGAGUUCCAACGCAACUCAGUUUUCUGUCUGCUUAAACCAGCAUUUUUACCACUUUUGUUGUCAGCAUAAUGUUUUUUGGGGCACUGCUUUAACCAAAUGAGAACAGAUUAUCAAUGUGGUGACAAUGAUGGAGGUAUAUUUGGACUUAACAUUCCGAUUUGUAUUAUUUUAAAAGGAAAAAAAAUUGAAAUUGGUCGAUGGAUUUGUAAUUUCCAUGUCAAAUUCCAAGGGCUUUUUUACUCUUAUUAUUUUGUGUUGUGCCUGCAACAAGUGGUAAAAAUAAUGUGAAGCCCACCGGCUAUAAGGAUGUACACUGACCCUGUUCAUAGCCCCAUGCCAUCCCACGCAUGUUUGUUUUUAUGGCCCAUGGAGCCGGUGGCAGGUUGCGUCAACUGACUAGCUGAUCAGCCACUGGCUCCCAGAGCCUCCCCUAGCUAUAUGUGGAGCUGUGUUUUACAUCUAUAUAUGUAUCUAUAAAUGCUUUUGUGAAUGCGUGUUUUCCUUCAUUUACACAUAAAGUACUAUCAGUAAUAACGUAUAUUAAAAUGAUGAAAAAAUAAAUAAAAAUAAAGAUUGUAAUUUACAUG